AUGGCUAACAAAGGCACGCCAAAAAAGCUGUACACGAAACGAUCUGAAUUGACGGUCAAUAUUUCACGUUGCAGACUUUGUAAUUGUGUUUGUGACCCUCGGUACAGUAAGAAUUUAUUUGGGAAGCAGAAUCAGACAGUUUUAUGCAACGCAAAGUUUAUUUACGGUGGCGAAUUACCGCAAGAUAUCAACCUUCCUCACUUAAUAUGUGCGCCAUGUGAGCGGAGGCUAAACAAUGCCAUCCAGUUGAAAAACACCAUUUCAGAAACCCAGCGAGUGUUACAAGAAACUAUUCGCACAAAACGUUGUGUCGAAAUAUCGCCGUCAGUGUCUAGACCGUCUGCCAAAGUCUGUGCGGCGGGGACUUCAUGUCGACGCGGUAUCGAUUUCAACAUUGCUAGUGGAAGUCAAUCUGAGAGUGUUAAUCCUAUACCAUUAGUGUUGCAUGUAAGUAUAUUUUGAUUCUGUGUUUAAUUUUAGUAAAUUCUUGAUGUUUUAUAUUUCCUUGUGGAAUAUUUAGCGCCUUGAUUUAGAGCUGUCUAUAUUUACUGUAUAUCAUGAAUGAUUCAUUCAUGCAUAUGAGCAUAUCUAAUGUCAACAAUGGUUUCAUUCAUGAUUUUGUGUAUAAAAGCUUAUAAAAUGUUCUGAAGUGGUAGUUAUAGUAUUGAAAAUGUGGACAGUUUAUAUUAAUACCUAUAUAUAUCUUUCUAUUGUCAUUCAAAGAGUGGUCAAGUCUUAGUUGAGGCAAACAAGGAGCUCAUUGAGGUUGCCAGAAGAAGUGAGCCAUCUGUUCUCAAACAAAGAGACUUUGAUGGUAUGUCAGCUGAGGCUUGGAUGUCAGAAGUGUUGGAAGAAUUGGCAACCAGAUGUCCCAUGGUGAACAACAUCCUUUCUAGUCUGGUAGAAAGUACGAUUUAUCCAGAGAAGAAAAGUCCAGCCAUCUGUUUAAUUUAUGGCAUCAUAAUGUUCCUGCGGUGCCAUGAAUUAAGCAGAAUUCAACGAAUCAACUCUGUUUUGCUGAUAGAAGGCCAUGCAUCUGUACAUGUAAGUCAUUCUGAAAUUUAAAUCACAAUACUUGUCAGUGUGGAAAGUUUGCAUUGCGCGGCAAAGAUAUCCGCCACACAAUAUUGAUGCUCUCUAUAUAUUUACUAUUAAACUUUUCAAAAUAUGUGGAGCAGAAUUCCCAGUUGCCAGAAAGCCUAUUCACAGUGCAAUUGAAUAUGUUUACAUCAAUUGUUUGUUAGACCCUCAAAUACUGGUAUUUAAAACAACAUAAUUAUUAAUUAUAUUUUCUUAAAAAUAAUUUAACAAAAAGUAACAUCAUAUGAUUUUGAUACUUUUAUUUGCAUAAUGCCUGUAAAAUCUGAAUGUUUAACCCAUUAAGCUGUAUAGCUACUCAUUGACGGGUAAAAUCGUCUGACAUUAGACAAGUAAAAAAAAAUAAGUGAGGUGCAUUGCGGCUCAAUGGGUUAACUAGAGACAUCAGUCAGAUUUCUUGGUUAACCCAUUAAGCUGCAGAGCUUCCCCAUUGAAGAGUAAAAUCAUCUGGCAUUAAUUAAACAAGUAAAAAAAAUAAGUAAGGCGCAAUGGGGUGCAUUGUUAAAAAUAUAUUCGCAAACCAGCAUAAUUUAUGUUGAUCAAUGUCUAUGCAACACAGCAUUAUUACUACACAGGAAUCAAACCUGUAGUGCAAUAAAUUUUACAAUUGAAAAACUGAUUUUUUUCAAAAUUAUUGAUAAACCUGGUAUUAUUUGGUUACUGUAUGCCAUAUUAUUCUGUACUGAUUUUAGUAUUUAACUUUCACUACAUUAAAUUAAGUUAGUAAUAUUCCACAGUGUUAUAACACAAUUUAUGACACACCAAAUCCUGGUACAAUUUGAUAAACCGUUGAUUACUGUGCUUAACUCUGCUCUGGUAUUUAAAAAGAAAUAUGGUAAAUUAUGGGGAAGCCUUGCAGUGCCUCGGAAGGCCGUCUCCAAUUGGAUGGUGGGUUUCGGUGGAGCACAAUAAAUUUAACACACCUCCUUGCCAGAAUUGAACUGUCCCUUGGUAUUGUUACCAUUUGCAAUAAUAGUUAUUCUAAUGAUUUUUUAAUUUGUUUAGACUGUAUUCAAAAAACUUUAUAAGAACUCAGGACGAGAAAAAGGAACCCUAUGCUUUUUCAGAGAAAAGCUGAAUAGAAGAAACAUCACAGCUGAUGUCAAACACUAUGAGGACUGUGAGCAACUGUUCUUCAGUGUUGGUAAGUGUUUUGUUAUCGAAGCACUGCUUGAAUUUUUCCAGAUUGAUGAUACAAAACACAAACCAACAGUGAACGGUCCUCAUAGUGUUCAUGUCUUGAAAGAGGACUACCGGAAAACCUACAUGUUGGAAGCUAUCGACAAAUUCCUUGACGAGUAUGUUUUUCUUGGUGGAGAUGAGGAGGUGCCAGACGGUGUUUGGUGCUAUGGAGCCAACCUCAUUAAGUGUUUCAUGGUGCUGGCUGACUUUAAGGAUGCUGUUUCCACUAGCAAUGGUGAGAACUUAUUGAUCCUCAGGAAACAGCUGUUAGCCCAUUUUUUUCCAACACCCGGAUUCAAUGAGUUUGCCAUUGAAAUGUUUAUAAACAUCCUCCAGUGUGAAGUGUUGCUGUCCAAAGCAGAGGCCCAUCAUUGCAAAUGGGCUGCUACUGUGAACUGGAAAGGUGGUUCCAGUAAAAACAUUGAAAUUGACUUUUUCAAGAGAACAGGAACUGUGAAAUGAAGAAACUAAUUAAGUCAAUGGGCGCCAACAAGACGGAGAAUGCGAUAACAAGGGCAAGCAAGGCUUCAGGAGGAGUUACGAAGAUUGUCGAAGCACAUGAGCAGCAAGUUAACAUUCAUCCAAAAUCUUCAACUCAUUCACAUAAGUCAUCAACUAAUGACGAAACAAUUAUCAGCAUGGACUUGCGAGGUUUAAGACCUUUCGAGGAAGAAGGCAGAUCUUUUGAAUCAUUUGCAGAGGUUUCCCAUGACCCAACCUCAUCGUUCGACCAAGGAAAGUUUGCAGAAUGGAUUGAACGACACAAGAAGAACAUCCUGAUGCACUAUACUGUUGCUGAUGACCAAGAGGAAUCUUGUGAGUAA